GUGUGAUGCCAGAGUGAUUGCACUGCUACCACUGAGCUCGAGGCUCUCAGGAUGAACACCCUCAACACUUUGGUUCUCUUGGCUUUAAGCCUCUCUGUUGCUCAAUCCCUGGAUUACAAGGCUCUUAACCAGUUCAGAAAUAUGAUCCUGUGUGUGAUGCCUGAUAGCUGGCCCGUCUUGGACUACAUAGACUACGGCUGCUAUUGUGGAAAGGGUGGCUCGGGCGCACCCGUGGAUGAGCUGGAUAGGUGUUGCGAAGUGCAUGACAAGUGUUAUGACGACGCUAUGCAGCAUCCCAAUUGUUGGCCGAUCUUUGACAACCCUUACACGGAGCUCUAUGACUACAGCUGCGAUAAGGAGCAGAAAAAGGUCACCUGUGGCAGCGAUAACGACGAAUGUGAGAUGUUUAUUUGCGAGUGCGACAGAAAGGCCGCAGAGUGUUUUGCCCGGUCGCCAUGGAACCCCGAGCACGAGCACCUGCCCAGCCACAUGUGCGAGUGAAGACCCACAGCAAACCUGAGCCUGGAACUGUAGCUAAUGUUUGGAGGCGUCGAUUACUAUCAAGAAACAUCCAUCAUGAUGUUGUGCUGAUUGCUGAAAGCGUAAAUCAAACGUGUUCAUUCAAAGCGACGACGUGGAUGAUUAGAAAUUAUAAUCAUGGCAUUUAUUGAACAGUUGCACUUGCUGUAAUGAAAGAUGUUUCAAUUUGAAAUCAUUCAAUGCAUCUUGCUUUCGCUGUGCAAGAACGACGUGUGGACUUUUAAUGUCAGUCACAAGGAUUGAGUGAACCUUGCAAAAUAAAUAUAUAUAUAUAUAUAUAAGAUAUUUAGGUUGGAAUAAAUGUAAUUCUGUUACCCCAUA